AGGACGUCGGCGCUCCGGGCUCCGAGGGCAGCGCACCGCACAGCACCGCACGAUGAUAGAGGCACUCGGCACAACCGAAGCCCAGAAACUGCUCCACCAGCUGAGCGUCCUCCUGGACCAGGAGUCGAGGGGUCAGCCAAAAGUCGGUGGCCUGAGACUGAUUGAGGCCGCGCACGAUAAUGGCCUCCGGAUGACCGCAGGGCUCAGGGACUUUGAAGUGAAGGACCUCCUCAGUCUAACGCAGUUCUUCGGCUUCGACGGCGAGACGUUCUCUCUGGCCGUGAACCUGCUGGACAGAUUUCUGUCGAAGAUGAAGGUUCAACCGAAACAUCUCGGGUGUGUUGGAUUGAGCUGCUUCUAUUUGGCUGUAAAAUCAACAGAAGAGGAGAGAAAUGUACCAUUAGCCACCGACUUAAUCCGAAUAAGCCAGUAUAAAUUCACCGUUUCUGACCUAAUGAGAAUGGAGAAGAUCGUUUUGGAGAAGGUCUGUUGGAAGAUCAAAGCUACUACAGCUUUUCAGUUGCUCCAGCUCUAUUAUUCACUCAUUCAUGAGAAUGUACCACAUGAAAGAAGAAAGAAUCUUAUUUUUGAGAGACUGGAAGCUCAACUUAAAGCAUGCCAUUGUAGGAUCAUGUUUUCUAAAGCCAAGCCUUCUGUGUUGGCAUUGUCUAUAAUUGCUUUGGAGAUUCAAGCACAGAAAAUUUUGGAAUUAACAGAAACCAUAGAGUGUCUUCAGAAGCAUUCCAAGAUCAAUGCCAGAGAUCUGACCUUUUGGCAGGAACUCGUGACAAAGUGCCUAGCGGAGUAUUCUUCCAACAAAUGUUCCAAACCAAAUGGUCAGAAGUUGAAAUGGAUCGUCUCUGGACGUACAGCCCGGCAGUUAAAGCACAGCUAUUACAAGAUAGCACAUCUUCCAACGAUUCCUGAGACUGGGCUCUAGUUUACUAGUGAAGAAUGAUUUGGCUUUUUAGAAGACUUAUUACCCCGAGCUGUGAACGUCGAGAGUGUAUUUAAGCUGUGAAGCCUGACACUUAGCAACUAGUUUGGCAUUGAUGUUCAGACUGGUUACUAAUAUUAUACAGUCGGUUGUGAGGAUGACCAUUUUUGAAGCAGAGAUGUGACUAAAUCGUAAUAUGAAACUUAAAUACAUUUACAUGGUUUCAAGAGACUAAGGAAGACUCAGGUUUAAGUUGACGUUUCCAGAACGAAAACUGUACGGCCUUAUAGUUAAUUUGGGUCAGUAUAAUAAACUUUGGCCAUGUUGAAAGCAACAGGGCCUAUUUAACUAUAAAAACUAAACCAUCUUGAGUCCUCUGAUAGAAGUUCCUCCAAACAUAGGUCACCAAACAAUGCAACAUGCACUUUAGCAAAGCUGUGAUUAUUAGAUUUCAAAACUGGAUAAGCUACCUUCAGAGAUUUUUAUGGCAGAUAAUUUGAAGAGUAGAAAGUAUAUUUUUGGAAGGCAGUUCUCCUAAGGCUUGGUAUGCUUAAACAAAACUUCUGGCCCUAAGUAAAUUAUCUCUGAUGUUAUCUUUGUGAACAAGUGAUUUUUAUGUUCCUUCUACAACAUUUUAUACAGAACGAUGUGUUUUUAGUAUGUUCUGUAGAAAAGGUGAAUUUUCAUUGUACCAUCCAGUCUUUUGGAUUGUGCGUGCUCCUUACCUCAGCUGUGUAAUCUGAGAUCUGUGUAAAGAUCACAAUCUUUUGGAAACUUCGGCUUUGCAUUGCCAAUGGGAAUUUAGGCCAGUGUUAAAGAAGAUGCCUUAAGUUGUGCUUGAGAGAACACUCCAGAAGUUUUUUUCAUGUAAAGAUUAUUUGGCUUCUAAAAUUAUAUUUCUCUUAUAGCCCAAAUAUCGCUUUCCAGUCGUGGGAAAGUGCUUCAGCUUUAAAAAGAAAGUAGACAAGUAGAAUAUUGCUGGAAAGACACUGUGCUACUCGAAAGUUAAAGAAAAUAGAGGGCAGGUCUUCCUUUCUGUAAUUUCCUAUGAUGGAAAAAUGCAAUCUACAAAUUUACAUAUGCAACCUUUGGAGCAUUUAGUAUAGCAGCAGUGUGUCAUCGCAUCUAAACUAAUUGGAUGUUGAAAGUGGUAGACCCUUCAUCAGUGCAAUAUAUAACAUUACCCCCAUGACGGGUAUAACAAGUUCAAAUUCCUUUUGAUAAUUCCAUUUUUCUAGAGCACCCAUUCUCAAAUGUAAUUCUUUCAAGAAACAGUCCACAGGGUUACCUGUGAUAUUAUUUGUCUUUGGAGCCAAAGUGCUACAUUCAGUUUAUUAAAAGGCCCCCCGUUAGGGCAGCUGGAAGUACAGCUUCUAGCUCUGCAGAAAAAUGGCUCCCCAGCUUCUCUUUGAGAUAUUCUUUCCGGAAUAGAGUGGGAUUUACUUAUACUUCCUUUUCCAGAGAAACCAAAGAUGAUAUAUAUAUAUUGACUGUGCUUAGUUUGGUAAGGUGUUCUUUGCAAAUAUUUUUUCAAUUCACCCAAAUACCCACUAUUUAAGUUGCCCAAAUAUCAAUGUUUUCCAGCAGGGAGAAGUGGCUGUGUUUGUGCCAUUAUGUAUUUCUGGUAUGAAGUAAUUGUCCUUUCAAUAAAGCUUUUCAUAAGCUA